AUGGCAUCUUAUAAAUCAUCAUUUUUACAAUUGGCUCUUGAUUCUCAAGCAUUAAAAUUUGGUAAAUUCACUCUUAAAUCAGGACGUGAAUCACCAUAUUUUUUCAAUUUGGGAUUGUUCAACACUGGUAAACUCUUAUCUAAUUUAGCCACUUCUUAUGCUGAAGCAAUCAUUGCAUCGGGAUUAAAAUUUGAUAUUUUAUUUGGUCCUGCUUAUAAGGGGAUCCCCUUGGCAGCUAUAACUGUGGCUAAAUUAGCUGAAUUAGACCCAAUAAAUUAUGGUGAUAUUGGUUAUUCAUUUAACAGAAAAGAAAAGAAAGAUCAUGGGGAAGGUGGAUCAAUUGUUGGAUGUAGUUUGAAAGAUAAAAAAAUCUUGAUCAUUGAUGAUGUGAUCACUGCUGGAACUGCUAUCAAUGAAGCAUUUGAAAUCAUUGGUAACGAAAAAGGUCAAGUUGUUGGUUGUAUCAUUGCUUUGGAUAGACAAGAAACUACUGCUACUGAUCCAACCAAAUCUGCUACACAAGCUGUUUCUGAAAGAUACCAAAUUCCAGUUUUAUCAAUUGUUAAUUUGGGUGAAGUUAUAAGUAUCUUGAACGGUAAAAUUAAUGAUGAAGAUUUAAAAUCCAUUGAACAAUAUAGAAGUAAAUAUGGUGCUUAA